UUUUUGUUCUCUGAAUAUUAUCAUGUCUUUGGUAAAUCAAAUCCUUUAAGUCAAUACGACCGUUUUUGUAUUGGCCGUAUCUUGAAACCAAAGAAGAAAAUUCAGUCGAAGCAUGUUAAAAAAGUUGUUGAAGACGAUCUCGAAGAAGGUGUUCAAGUAAAAAAUAAUAUUAGAUAUAUUGCAAGAAAUACGAGAAUUACUAGAGCAGCAUUUAAAUAUUGUAAACGUAAAUGUAUUUUUAUUUUAGAAGUUCUUAAAACAACUGAUGAUGUAAUAGUUCUGUAUAAACCAAAAUUCAAUAAAGCUCUUAAUUUUUUGUUAACAAAUUAA